AUGGCUUCGUGGGUGAGAGGCAAGUGCGUCGGUAAGGGCGCGUUCGGCGUUGUCAACAUCGCGCUUUCCAAACACGACGCUCGCGUUUUCGCGGUGAAGUCGGUCGACAUCAAGGCGGGGCGACAGGGACAGGUGGAGGCGUUGGAGAACGAGAUUGCGAUUCUGAGACGCCUGGCCUCGCCGCACGUGGUGGCUUAUCUCGGCGACGAUGUCACGUGCGAAGAGGGAUUCUUCAUCAGGAACCUUCAUUUGGAGUACAUGCCAGGUGGCACCGUCGCUGACUUGGCUCAUGCUGACGUGGACCAGCGGUUGCUCAGGCGCUACGCCUGGUGCAUCGUUAGCGCGCUGCGUGAUGUGCACGCGCGAGGUUUCGUCCACUGCGACGUCAAGGGGAGGAACGUGCUCCUCGCCGCUGAUGGCUCCGUUGUCUUCCCGGCCAUGCUUCUUUGCAACUUGAGUGAUAUGUCAAGUUUUGACAUUGACAAGGAUGUUUACCAAGGGAAGUUGGUGGAUGUGGAUUCAAUUUCUUGGCCUACAGUUGAUGAGGAAACUUUGAGAACCCAUUCCGGCAAUGCUGCUGUUGAAACUGGUAGGGAAAAUGAAGAAAAUGUUGAUCUUUAUUACUUUUGUAUUCUUGGACUGUUCAAGUAUGUUAUUCAAGUGUGUUCCACAGACUAUUCACAUAUGGUUGAACCAGAUUGUAACCCUGCAAAACCGGAGGUCGUUCUACCUUCGCAAGCCUACAUCGCAGCACCAAUUCCAACAGACAUAGAAGCUGCAAUGCAUACUCUUGGCAUCAGUCCUCUAGAUGCAAAUUGGUACAUGGAUACUGGUGCUACUUCUCACAUGACAUCUGCACAAGGAUUUCAGACGGGGAAGCCGGUAAUGAGGUGGGAGAGUCAGGGCGAGCUUUAUCCCAUCACCAAGCCUACAAAUCCAUAUACAUUUGCUGCCAUAGCACCAUCUCUUUGGCAUGAUCGUUUGGGUCACCCGGGAGCCCCUGUUUUGACCUCCCUUAGGAAGAAUAAAUUGAUUAAAUGUAAUUAA